UAAAAGGUUUUGUAUUAACCUGUUGACUACAGCACACUUCGAAGAUAGCAGAGGUUAAGGUCAACAUAGCCUUCAUCGAAGCUAUUUGUGUAAUUACCACAAACAGGUUCUAUUUGACAGUGAAUACAGACAUCUCAGCUUCGCAUCGCUGACAACAACAGUACUGCGCCCAACGCUGAACUUAUCAGACGUGUACUGCGCUUUAUAAAUGGAUUUUACCGGGAAAGUGGUCAUCGUGACUGGAAGUAGCUCGGGCAUUGGUGCUGCAACAGCGAAACUGUUUGCUGAACAUGGAGCUCUGCUGACUAUAGUCGGCAGAGACGAAGCGAGACUUCUGUCUGUUGCGAACGCCUGCGAAGCGUCCAGAGGAAACAGGCCGUUAUGUCUUCUCUUAGACUUAACCCUCGACAGUAGCUGCGACGAACUUGUCAAAAAAACUGCAGACAUGUACAAACGUAUAGACAUAUUAGUGAAUUGUGUCGGAAAAGCCGCUGUCACGUCUCUCUUCGAUACCACAAUGGAGAUCUUCGAUGAACUGGUCGCUCUGAACCUACGCGUUCCGUAUAAACUCACUCAACUGUGUCUGCCCUAUUUGAAGAGGAGUAAAGGCAACGUUGUUAAUAUUUUUGGCGCACCCCUAAGGACGAGACCUGGUUUUUUACCAUUUGCGAUGAUAAGGGAUGCUCUUGAAAGAUUCACGAAGUCUGGAGCGUUGGAGUUGGCGACGGAAGGGGUCAGAAUGAACGCUGUCCGUCCAGGAAUCACGAGGACAAAUUUCUUGGAGAAUCUGAAUGUCGAUCGGGAGUCUAUGGAUCGAGCUUACGCUACAAUUUCAUCGAUGGUCCCUAAUCAAGUCAUAAUAGAGCCGGACGAAAUAGCCAGAAUGAUACUGUUCACCGCAAGCGACAUAUGUCCAAAUCUUAACGCUGCAAACUUGAUAGUGGAUGCUGCGUCAUCGAGUUACUGAUAAUUCCAUAAUUACUGAAUAAAUAUAGAAUUUAAUUCGCGUCGGUGAUAUCUGAUAAGACUGUUUAGUGAAUAAGUUGUUGACAUUUCCUUGUCGUGUAAUAAAGUAUUAAUUGGCAAU